AUGUCGUUGGCCGCACACAGGGCCGCCGUGUCGUCGGCGUACAUUCGAACAAGUGAUGACGUCGCCGACAAGCCCGUGGCGGUGAUUUCGGUGGCCGGAGCAUUCCGAACUGGCAAGUCGUUCCUGUUGAGCGCGAUGUCCCGUUAUUUGGCAGCUGAAGACAAAAAGCAAUGGCGUGAUGUCAAAAAAGGGAGCUUCACAUGGAGCAAUGGAGCGGACUCUCAUACCAACGGCAUGUUCAUCUCGCCUCCGAAAACAAUCACUUUGGAUUCCGGAGAAGAGGCUGUCCUUUUUCUUUUGGACACGCAGGGGCUGUUCGACGACGAUUCGAACAUGGCUGAUGCCACCAACAUCUUCGCACUGAGCACACUUCUCAGCUCCAAGGCAGUGUUCAACCUUCCAAAUAACUUAAAAAGCGAUGACCUAGACCACCUUCAGCUUUUCGCCGAGAUCGGCCGCAUGGCCAGAGAUCGAUCUAACAGAACAGCCUUCCAGAACCUACUCUUUCUGAUUCGCGAUUGGGAUCACCCAGCUACUCAUCCGUUCGGGAAACAGGGAGGCGAUGCUCUGGUCAAAAGACGUCUGAGAAGUGACAAGGUGGACCUCGACCAAAGACGACAGCACAUUGAAGGAUGUUUCGCAAACAUCGAAGGGUUCCUCAUGCCCCAUCCGGGAAAAGCAGUGGCCCGUAGCUCGGACUUUUCUGACGACGAUAUGGACGAGGAGUUUGCGACCCAUCUGGACGAGCUGCUGACCUUGCUGCUCUCUCCAGACAAGAUCCCGCUGAAGAUGAACGGCAACCGUCCAGUGACGUGCGGAGAGCUGGCUACACUGAUCAGGAUGUACGCGGAGCUCUUCCAAAGCGGCAAGCUUCCGGAACCAAAGGGAAUCCUGGAGACAGUCGCUGAGGCCUAUAACACAGCAGCUGUCGAUGCUGAGCUCAACAACUAUGUGAGAAAUAUGAACGAACUACUGGCGGAAGAUGCUCCGCUGCUGACCGAAGAAGUCCUGAGGAAGAAGCACAGCGAGGAAAAGUCUGCAGCAGUUGAAUGUCUCAAAAACAGGGACACCAUCCCAGAUCCGACAAAAGACGGAGGCUUCUACUGUUCACGGCUUGAGGAAAAGAUAGAAGAAUGGUUGAAAACGCGUUCGGACCAGCGCUGGAGCCAGCUGUAG